CGGCUCUGUUUGCACAAGUGAGCCUCGCGAAAGCAGAAGCGGAUCUAAAUAUCACCAGAUUCGCCAACGAACGAGCCAUUCCUACUCGUACGAUUGACCCGGAGCCACAACAUGAGAGCCGUGCUGAGUAUCUUCGUCCUUCUGGCAGUCAUCUGCACCCUCUUUGUGCCGAUCGACGCCAUCACCUGCAAGUAUGGCGAGGAGUACAAGUGUUCGCAUGAGCUCUGCGAGAAUACGUGCGCCAACAAGGACACCCAGGUGAUCUGCACCAUACCGUGCAUAAAAGGAUGCUACUGCGCGGAAGGAUUUGCGCGCAUUGCAUACGGUCGCUGCAAGCCCAAAUUCUAUUGUGACUACAAAGAAGUCAUAUAA